AUGUUUAUAUUUAUCGUGUGUUUUUAUCAUUAUUGUGUUAUCUAUCUUAUUGUAUUUGUAUAUGCUGCAUCGGAUCCGGAGUAACAGUUAUUGUCUUCUCCUUUACACUUGUGAACUGGAAAUUACAGUAACCAAUCUUCAAACUCUUCUCCUCUAUACAUUUACCAAAUUCUUUAUCGCUGAAUUUGGAUGAAAGCCCCACCCGUUCCGUUGAACCUCAGGUCCAGAAAUGGCCCUGGGAACGGGUGCAGGCCGUGAGAGGAGGCGAUGAGUCCAGGCAGACAGCCCCUCACCCCGUGCUCUUGUGGAACUGAACCCCUCGCCUGUCCCUGGCCGAUUCUCUUUGAGACAGAAUUACCCGGUCACUACCUGAUUGAUCUUGUUUCAAUGUGGCCACUCACACCUCAGUCUGGUCCCCAUUUCGAAAUGUUCCGGGUUCUGCCCCGAGAGGGGAAACCACUUCCGUGUCUCGGUGAAGUACAAGAGGUUCGGCAGGUGCUGGAAAUCCGGAGUAACACACACAAAACGCUGCGGCAAACCGGCAGGUUGCUAUAAAUCUCUCCUUGGAUCAAGAGUACAACCACAAUGGCAAUGGCUACCUGAGGUGAAUCCUGGUGGAAUGAGGGUCGAGCUGCUGCAGAGAAACUGUCUCAGACUUGCUGCUUCUUACCCCUGAUCUCCCCUCCCCACCCCCGAGUGAUCUAAACAAGCUUUGUUUGUAUGAAAGGAAGGGGAUGGGCAAUGGAAGGGCAGUUUGGGCAAAGAGGGUGAUGGAGAUGGGUCCAGAGGUAUAAACUCCACAGGGUAGAAAAGAUGCCCACGAGAAUGCUGUGUCUGCCAUUCAAAGGGAAACUGAGACACGUGUCCAUUCAUCUGCUUUCAAUCCAUCUCUACUCUCUUUAUUUACCAGAUAAACUUCCUCAGUCAGUAGUCCGCCUCAGGGUUUCCGAAGAAUUUAAACAGGGAACAGAUUUCAGGAAACUUUGUUAAGACAGCCGACGAGUGGAAUAUAAAAUUACAGCCUGCUCAACCAAUCACUAUCUCAGUGGAUAGAAAUGUGGCCAACUGGAUAACCUUCUCCAGGCGGACCAUUGUUGGGGGUGGCUGAGGGGUGAAGGCAGGAUAAGGUGAGGAAGGAUUUGGGUCAGGUCUGUCCCUUACUGAUGGAGGGGUACAAUUAACCACCUCCAGGCACAUUGGGUUAGGUGGGUUAAAGUGUGUGAUGAGUGGAGACAGGUUAUGGUGAGGAAGGAUUUGGGUCAGGUCUGUCCCUUAUUGAUGGAGGGAUACAAUUAACUUCCUGAGUUUGACGACAGUAAUACUGACAUUGUAAGCGAUUGGCCUAAAGGUAUAGGAAGCUCGUUUGGUGACUCUCUACCGACACUGAAAGGAGACACAAAACAGAUGAAGCACAAGGUUGGGAGAAAGUCGAUGCAGAGCACCAGGACAAACGCAUGGCUGCGCUAGCCCUGGAUUACAAAAUAUUUUGUACACUUUCUCUGUUUGGAAAGCUUGUCUGAAAGAUCUGUAUUUUUACACGUCGCUGCCCUGACGUUACGACGCACUAAAGGAAAGUUAUGUGUUGGGAAUGGCCAGACUAGCGAUCAAGAUACAUCGCUGCUUCCACAGGAAGCCAUUACGAUUCUUCACCUUCAUUACGGUUUACCUCAUGGCUGGAAGUCUACUGUUCCUGCACACAGGCUUUGUAGGAGACAGCACCGUCGCUGGGAGGGCCUCACCCCACAGAGAGGGGGCACCUCACACAGCCUUGGGAUCUCCUUCUGGCCUCCAGCGUUUCUCCUUCCUGCCCUUCGGGAGGGCAAAUCAGGAGGUGCCUCAGAAGGAGCAGUGGCCGGCACUGCCUCCAGCCCUGCCCAGAAGGUAUGGACCUCCAUGGCUGAAACCAGUCUUGCAGGACGCCCUGGACAAGCUGAGAUCCGGAGAGCCCAUCGGCAGCUGGAGUCGAGCAUUGAAGGGGAAGAUGUGGAGGGAUCAGGAGGAGAACAGAGCAAAAUAUAUCGGAUGUUAUCUCGACAGCAACAAGCAGAGGGCAUUAAGGGGAACAGCGUUCUUUGACUACAGAAAGAUGACCAUAUUUCGUUGCCAGGACAACUGUGCCGAAAGGGGCUAUCAGUACGCGGGCCUGGAGUUUGGAGCUGAAUGUUACUGUGGACACAGGAUCCAGACCCAGAACACCAGUGAGUCCGAGUGCAACAUGGAGUGUAAGGGGGAAAAGAGCAGUACGUGCGGAGGCCCGAACCGGCUGUCUGUCUACCGACUGGAGCUGACCAACGAGUCCGCCAGACGCUAUGGCAGUGCCUUGUUCCGAGGAUGUUUCAAAAGACCAGCCAAUGUUUCCCUCGCCCUGCCCACCAGCACCGUCCUGCAGAACAUGUCCGUGGAUAAAUGUGUGGACCACUGCACUGAGAAGGAAUACACCCUGGCUGUGCUGGGUGGCGUAAUGUGUCACUGUGGCUUUCCUACCACGCAUUUCACGCUGCAUGCCCCCGAGGACGAGCACCUGUGUGCCCAGAAAUGCGCGGGUGAAGAAUACGAGCACUGCGGGAGUGCGGAGUACUACGUCGUUUAUCAGACCCAAGUGCAAGAUAACCGUUGCAUGGAUCGCCGGUUCCUGCCUGCACGCUCGAAACGCCUUGUGGCCCUGGCCAGCUUCCCGGGGGCGGGGAACACGUGGGGCCGUCACUUGAUGGAGCUCACCACCGGCUACUACACGGGCAGCUAUUACUUCGAUGGCUCUCUCUACAACAAAGGUUUCAAGGGAGAGCGGGACCACUGGAAAAGUGGGCGGCUGAUUUGUAUAAAGACACACGAGAGCGGCAGGAAGGAAAUCGAAUCAUUCGACGCCGCAAUCCUCCUUAUCCGGAAUCCUUACAAAGCACUGAUGGCCGAAUUUAACCGCAAAUACGGAGGUCACAUUGGGUUUGCCUCCGAGGCCCACUGGAGGGGGAAAGAAUGGCCUGAGUUCGUGAAGAACUACGCACCUUGGUGGGCAUCCCACACUCUCGACUGGUUAAAGUACGGCAAGGAAGUCCUUGUGGUCCACUAUGAAGAUCUGAAGCACGAUCUCUUCAACCAGCUGAAAAAGAUGGUGUUCAUCCUGGGCCUCAGUGUCUCCGACGACAGGCUGCUCUGUGUGGAGAGCCAGAAGGAUGGGAACUUCAAACGCUCUGGCCUCAGGAAACUGGAAUAUGAUCCCUAUACUCCGGAGAUGAGGAAAAUGAUUGAUGCUUUUGUCAAGACUGUAGACGUGGCCCUCAAACUGAGAAACCUAACUGGUGUUCCCGAGGAUUACGCCCCCAGAUGAUUUUGUUGGUAAAUGCUUUUGGGACAUAGCUGUGUUCUCUCCUUCCCCGGUCGGUACUCUUUCUCCCACAGUGGGUGGCUUCUUUUAAUAUUCAACAGCUAUUAGCUUCCUAGGUGUUUCCAGCAUCUAGAGAGAAGUUCACCAGAUAGAAACAGCUGAGUGUGUCAGUAACUGUAUAGUGUGGUUAUGCCAGGAAGCAACCUUUAGGAAGUGGAGUGUUGCCAGGAUGGGUGACUGACUGAAGUUCGCCACAAUGUGGAAGGAGGCAUUUGUAUGAUUUUGGGUUUUGUGACCUGAAGGAGCUGGAGUUUGCCACCAUGUGGAAGGAGAUAUCAGUGUGGGCCAUGGACAGUGUGGAAGGAGAUAUCAGUGUGGUCCAUGGGCAGUGUGGAAGGAGAUAUCAGUGUGGUCCAUGGGCAGUGUGGAAGGAGAUAUCAGUGUGGGCCAUGGACAGUGUGGAAGGAGAUAUCAGUGUGGGCCAUGGACAGUGUGGAAGGAGAUAUCAAUGUGGGCCAUGGACAGUGUGGAAGGAGAUAUCAGUGUGGUCCAUGGACAGUGUGGAAGGAGAUAUCAGUGUGGUCCAUGGGCAGUGUGGAAGGAGAUAUCAGUGUGGUCCAUGGGCAGUGUGGAAGGAGAUAUCAGUGUGGUCCAUGGGCAGUGUGGAAGGAGAUAUCAGUGUGGUCCAUGGGCAGUGUGGAAGGAGAUAUCAGUGUGUGGUCCAUGGACAGUGUGGAAAGAGAUAUCAGUGUGUGGUCCAUGGACAGUGUGGAAGGAGAUAUCAGUGUGUGGUCCAUGGACAGUGUGGAAGGAGAUAUCAGUGUGGUCCAUGGGCAGUGUGGAAGGAGAUAUCAGUGUGGUCCAUGGGCUUUCUAACAUGCAGGAGCUGGAGUUUGUGAUGAUAUGGAAGGAGAAAUUAUGUGUGGCCCAUGGACUUUGUGACAUUCAGGAGCUGGAGUUUGCCACAGUGUGGAAGGAGAUAUCAGUGUGGCCCAAGGGCUUUCUAACAUGCAGGAGCUGGUUUGUGAUGAUAUGGAAGGAGAAAUUAUGUGUGGCCCAUGGACUUUGUGACAUUCAGGAGCUGGAGUUUGCCACAGUGUGGAAGGAGAUAUCAGUGUGGCCCAUGGGCUUUCUAACAUGCAGGAGCUGGAGUUUGUGAUGAUAUGGAAGGAGAAAUUAUGUGUGGCCCAUGGACUUUGUGACAUUCAGGAACUGGAGUUUGCCACAUCAGUGUGGUCCAUGGGCAGUGUGGAAGGAGAUAUCAGUGUGGUCCAUGGACAGUGCGGAAGGAGAUAUCAGUGUGGUCCAUGGGCAGUGUGGAAGGAGAUAUCAGUGUGGUCCAUGGACAGUGUGGAAGGAGAUAUCAGUGUGGUCCAUGGGCAGUGUGGAAGGAGAUAUCAGUGUGGUCCAUGGGCACUGUGGAAGGAGAUAUCAGUGUGGUCCAUGGGCUUUCUAACAUGCAGGAGCUGGAGUUUGUGAUGAUAUGGAAGGAGAAGUUAUGUGUGGCCCAUGGACUUUGUGACAUUCAGGAACUAGAGUUUGCCACAGUGUGGAAGGAGAUAUCAGUGUGGUCCAUGGGCAGUGUGGAAGGAGAUAUCAGUGUGACCCGUGGACAGUGUGGAAGGUUUAUCAGUGUGGUUCAUGGGCAGAGUGCAAGGGGAUAUCAGUGUGGUCCAUGGACAAUGUGGAAGGAGAUAUCAGUGUGGUCCAUGGACAGUGUGGAAGGAGAUAUCAGUGUGGUCCAUGGGCAGUGUGGAAGGAGAUAUCAGUGUGACCCGUGGACAGUGUGGAAGGUUUAUCAGUGUGGUUCAUGGGCAGUGUGCAAGGAGAUAUCAGUGUGGUCCAUGGACAAUGUGGAAGGAGAUAUCAGUGUGGUCCAUGGACAGUGUGGAAGGAGAUAUCAGUGUGGUCCAUGGGCAGUGUGGAAGGAGAUAUCAGUGUGAUCCGUGGACAGUGUGGAAGGAGAUAUCAGUGUGGUCCAUGGGCAGUGUGGAAGGAGAUAUCAGUGUGGUCCAUGGACAAUGUGGAAGGAGAUAUCAGUGUGGUCCAUGGACAGUGUGGAAGGAGAUAUCAGUGUGGUCCAUGGGCAGUGUGGAAGGAGAUAUCAGUGUGACCCGUGGACAGUGUGGAAGGAGAUAUCAGUGUGGUCCAUGGGCAGUGUGGAAGGAGAUAUCAGUGUGGUCCAUGGGCAGUGUGGAAGGAGAUAUUAGUGUGGUCCAUGGGCAGUGUGGAAGGAGAUAUCAGUGUGACCCGUGGACAGUGUGGGAGGAGAUAUCAGUGUGGUCCAUGGGCUUUCUAACAUGCAGGAGCUGGAGUUUGUGAUGAUAUGGAAGGAGAAAUUAUGUGUGGCCCAUGGGCUUUGUGACAUUCAGGAGCUGGAGUUUGCCACAGUGUGGAAGGAGAUAUCAGUGUGGUCCAUGGGCAGUGUGGAAGGAGAUAUCAGAGUGGUCCAUGGGCAGUGUGGAAGGAGAUAUUAGUGUGGUCCAUGGGCAGUGCGGAAGGAGAUAUCAGUGUGGUCCAUGGGCAGUGUGGAAGGAGAUAUUGUGGUCCUUGGGCAGUGUGGAAGGAGAUAUCAGUGUGGUCCAUGGGCAGUGUGGAAGGAAAUAUCAGUGUGGUCUAUGGACAGUGUGGAAGGAGAAAUCAGUGUGGUCCAUGUACAGUGUGGAAGGAGAAAUCAGUGUGGUCCAUGGACAGGGUGGAAGGAGAUAUCAGUGUGGUCCAUGGACAGUGUGGAAGGAGAUAUCAGUGUGGUCCAUGGACAGUGUGGAAGGAGAUAUCAGUGUGGUCCAUGGACAGGGUGGAAGGAGAUAUCAGUGUGGUUCAUGGACAGUGUGGAAGGAGAUAUCAGUGUGGUCCAUGGGUUUUGUGACAUACAGGAGCUGGAGUUUGUCACAGUGUGGAAGGAGAUAUCAGUGUGGUCCAUGGGUUUUGUGACAUACAGGAGCUAGAGUUUGUCACAGUGUGGAAGGAGAUAUCAGUGUGGUCCAUGGGCAGUGUGGAAGGAGAUAUCAGUGUGGUCCAUGGGUUUUGUGACAUACAGGAGCUGGAGUUUGUCACAGUGUGGAAGGAGAUAUCAGUGUGGUUCAUGGGCUUUGUGACAUACAGGAGCUAGAGUUUGUCACAGUGUGGAAGGAGAUAUCAGUGUGGUCCAUGGGCAGUGUGGAAGGAGAUAUCAGUGUGGUCCAUGGGCAGUGUGGAAGGAGAUAUCAGUGUGGUCCAUGGACAGGGUGGAAGGAGAUAUCAGUGUGGUUCAUGGACAGUGUGGAAGGAGAUAUCAGUGUGGUCCAUGGGUUUUGUGACAUACAGGAGCUGGAGUUUGUCACAGUGUGGAAGGAGAUAUCAGUGUGGUUCAUGGGCUUUGUGACAUACAGGAGCUAGAGUUUGUCACAGUGUGGAAGGAGAUAUCAGUGUGGUCCAUGGGCAGUGUGGAAGGAGAUAUCAGUGUGGUCCAUGGGCAGUGUGGAAGGAGAUAUCAGUGUGGUCCAUGGACAGUGUGGAAGGAGAUAUCAGUGUGGUCCAUGGGCAGUGUGGAAGGAGAUAUCAGAGUGGUCCAUGGGCAGUGCAGAGGAAGAUAUCAGUGUGGUCCAUGGACAGUGUGGAAGGAGAAAUCAGGGUGGUCCAUGGGCUUUGUGACAUUCUGAAACUGGACUUAGACCUUUGCCUCUGUUUUUAAUGCUGUUCUUGGACUGUCAAAUUUGGAGCUGAGUUGCAGAGAAAAGUGGCGACUCUGAUUGGUUGGAAUGAACAUGGGCAGGAACCAGCCAAGAGCCUUUUACCAAGGAGGGGGUGGGAAGAGAAGGGGCAAGUUGAGGGAAAGCAUGUACUUAUUAAUUUUAACCAACACCCACCCAUCUGGAUCACACCACAACAGGCAACCCGUGGUUUAUCAGGUGCAAACCUAUCCCGCUUUGAUUGAGAACACAGUCACUGUCUUGCUCUUCCACACCUUCCUCAAAAUCUGAAUUGAUUAUGGGCUGUUGUUUAGAGUUCAGCCUGGCAAAUUCAUUCACUAAGAACAUCUGGGAUGAUCAACAUACUUAACAUGACAGGACAUCACAGGCUGUUUCCUGCGCCUUUCAGAAACGGUCAACCACUGCCUGCCAAACGGUGGUGACUCAUGUUAGAAUGAAAUUAGUGUAUUUUAUAGACAUGGCGGCAGAUCUUACCUCACUAAUAUGAUGCAGAGCCUUUGU